AAUGUUAUAAUAUGUGGUGGUUUGAUAUAUAAGAUGUUGAAUCCCAGAAAUUGAAGCAAAAUUAGGAGAGAAACUCUGAGACAGGGUACUACGUACCUGCUGCAGCAACCUCGAAGCUAGUUCAAACUAGUGGGAGGUUGUGUGCAUAGAAGCGCACAAAACACAACCAAAUUCUACUGACAGAAAGAAAAAAACAUCACCGGAAAGAACAACAUAAGAUGGCUCGUGGAAAGGUUCAGCUUAAGAGAAUUGAGAACCCGGUGCACAGACAAGUCACCUUCUGCAAACGCCGAGCGGGGCUUCUUAAGAAGGCUAAGGAGCUCUCUGUGCUGUGCGAUGCUGAAAUUGGUCUUUUCAUUUUCUCCGCCCAUGGAAAGCUCUAUGAACUAGCCACCAAAGGAACCAUGCAAGGCAUGAUUGAGAGGUACAUGAAGUUCACGAGAGGGGCUCAACCUGAAGCAGCACCCGAACCACUUCCUCUGGAUGCAAAGGAGGAAUCUAACUUGCUAAAACAAGAAAUCCAAACACUGCAAAAGAGUAUCAGGUAUUUGUUUGGAGGUGGAAACAAGACCUCGACAAUCGAUGAACUACAAGUGUUGGAGAAGAAUCUGGAAACUUGGAUAUAUCAUAUUCGCUCAAUGAAGACCAACAUCAUGUUACAAGAAAUUGAAGCAUUGAAAGAUAAGGAGGGAACACUUAAAGCGGCAAAUAAAUAUCUCCAUGAUAAGAUUGUGGAGAAUACUGCAGUUCAUAACUUUGCUCAAUUUGCCACUGAUGUUCCGUACCCACUAAUUAUACAAGAUGGGAGUUUUCAACUCUAUUAAUAAAUGUUUUGAUUAUAGGCUUUAAUAAAGGGAAAAAAAAUAUGGAGGUUGUGUUGUGUUACACAACAUUAAAAGUGAAGUAUCAACAUUGUACUUGUGCUACUUACUAAAUCGUGUGCAAACUAUGCAAUAAUUUGUAACAUUAAUAUUGUCUUAUUCUAAUGUUUUCCUGAUAAGUUUAUAAUUUAUAAUGUAAAAGUCAGAAAAGUGUGAAUUCUGACUAGUAUCUUUGACAAUAAUGUAAAAUAGUUUACCAGAGUAA